AUGGGAAAGAAGAAGGUCCUCGUCGGCUAUGGCGUAGACAUCGACGCUGUCGCGGGUUGGCUCGGCUCGUACGGGGGCGAAGACAGCACCAGCGACAUCAGCCGAGGCAUGUUCGCCGGCACCAUCGGCACGCGCCGCCUGCUCAAGCUCUUCGAGCAGCACAACAUCAAAGCCUCGUGGUUCAUCCCGGGCCACUCUCUCGAGACCUUCCCGGAGGAGUGCGCGAUGGUGCGGGAUGCCGGCCACGAGAUCGGCCUGCACGGGUACUCGCACGAGAACCCCGUCGACAUGACCAUCGAGCAGCAGCGCGACGUCCUCGACAAGACGUACCGCCUGCUCACGGACUUCUGCGGAAAGCCGCCGAGGGGAAACGUCGUCCCCUGGUGGGAGACGAGCAAGGAGGGCACGGAGCUGCUGCUCUCGUACGGCAUUGAGUACGACCACUCGAUGUCCCAUGAGGACUGCCAGAUGUAUUGGCUGCGCACGGGGGAUACGUGGACUAAGGCCGAAGAGUGGAUGAAGCCACUCGUCAAGGGGCAGCCGACGGGGAUGGUAGAGAUCCCGGGGUCCUGGUACAUCGACGACCUGCCGCCCAUGAUGUUCAUGAAGAACUCGGCCAACUCGCACGGCUGGGUGAACCCGAGGGAUGUGGAGGAUAUCUGGCGUGAUCACUUCGACUACUUCUACCGCGAGUACGACGAGUUCAUCUUCCCGAUGACGAUCCACCCCGACGUGUCGGGAAGACCGCACGUUUUGCUCAUGCACGAGAGAUUGAUCGAACACAUCAACAAGCACGAAGGAGUGGAAUGGGUGACGUUUGCAGAGAUGUGCGACCACUUCAAGAGCAAGAAUAAGCCCCCAGAGGGUGCCAUGAUGCCUGCUCCUCCGGGGGAAAUCCUCAAGAAGUCGAAGGAGUAGGUUAGGUGAGUGGCCAGCUAAUGGACUAGAUAGGGGGUUUGGUAUCAUCCAUCGGUUAUCGAGUCGUGUAUAAUUGAGAAAUUUCUGUCAUCAGGCUUUGUGCUUUGGAACGUCGUAAACCCCCCUAGCCGCUCUUCUAUCAUGGUGAAAAUUGUGUUAAUGUACAUCUGGUAUGCGUGGAUCCAUUCCUCACUGUAUGCAAUUACUCUUAAUCUUGCAACAAUUCCUCUCAAUUUCUAUCGAUCUUAUGCAUGUAAUCAUUGAAUGAAGU